GUCUUCCAACCCACAAAGAAAAUAAAGCUAGUUUUUGAAAUAUCUGUGUGUGUAAGAAGCCCCUCCAUUAUACACAAAAGAAAAAAUAACAGAUAAAACAAUCUCUGCUUUGAGAUUAUUCUUCUGGAGUAUUUGAUGUUGGUGUACUCUGUCACCCAUCUUUCAAACAAACAGCAUGUGUCUUUAAAAAAAAUCUUUGCAGUCUGGGACCAAAUUCAUUCCAUUCUUUCCUCACAAUGAUCUCAAGACCACCAGAAUCUGUGGUUGCCAUGGACAUGGAACUCUUAUUCUUUCAUUGGCAUGUUCGCAGCCAAAGGCGUAGGACAUGGUGAUUAUGGAUCGAAUUUAACCGCAUGGCGAUAUGAAGAGAUUCAAAAAGAAUCGUCAGUAUCGCUGGUUCUCUAAAAAGAAAAAUACUGAUAUGGAUGAUAAUCCGUUGACAGACAUUUUGGUUGUCCCUAACCAGAAUGUCAAUAAUAGCCCUGCUCUAAAUGAAGCAGUAUCCACUCAUGGCGGAGUCGAAAAUGAAAGCCCUGCUCUAAAUGAAGCAGUAUCCACUCAUGGCGGAGUCGAAAAUGAAAGCCCAAACCAGGGUAAACUGAACUCUGUCACUAUGGAAGACCCUAAUGAAUGGGAUGAUAAUCCGUUGACAGACAUUUUGGUUGUCCCUAACCAGAAUGUCAAUAAUAGCUCACAGCCAAAAGAAUCGACAUCCAUUACUUAUGUGGAAUCCAUCAAUGACAAGUCACACUCAGGAGAAUCAACAUCUAGUAUAUAUGUGGAAUCCAUCAGUGACAACUCACAGCCAAAGGAAUCAACAUCCAUUACUUUUGUGGAAUCCAUCAAUGACAAACCAAAUACAGAAGAAUUGACAUAUGAAAAUUAUGAGGAAGCACCCAGUACCAUGACUUCAAUAUAUGAAUAUGGAUCACUACAUGUUGAUGGAGCUACAAGUGAAGUUACUGCCCAGUCAGACUUGAAAACAUCCCCAAGUGAACGCAUCAGUGUAAGCACUCCAUUAAGUCAGUCAACAGUAAUAUCUGUUGAUGAAGACGUCGAUGAAACCAGCAAGAUGAAGAACACUACUCGUUUAAUUGUAUCAGCCUUUGCAUUCAGAGUAUUUGGAAUCCUGCUCAUCUUUGUGGACAUAUUUCUCAUCAUGUCAGAUGUAAUUUUCAAUGAUAACAAAAUAGUUUUCGAAUGCCAUUCAAUUUCUUUGGCUAUUGCAUUAUUUUUUUUCUUUGAUGUUCUACUCAGAGUGUAUGUUGAGGGGAGGAAGACAUAUUUUACUGAUCUAUUUAACAUCUUAGAUGCUGUCAUUAUUGCAAUAACUCUCUUGAUCGAUACCAUUUACUUCUUUUUUGACCUAAGAUUUCUGAAAGACGUACCAAGGGUGGCCGUUCUGCUUCGACCUCUACGCCUUAUAAUUUUGGUAAGAGUUUUCCAUCUGGCUUACCAAAACAGACAACUCCAAAAGCUGACCAGAAGACUGGUUUCAGAAAACAAAAGGCGAUACAGGAGAGAUGGAUUUGACCUAGAUCUCACUUACAUAACUGAUCGCAUUAUCGCCAUGUCAUUUCCAUCUUCUGGAAAGCAGUCUUUCUACAGGAAUCCAAUUAAGGAAGUUGUGAGGUUCCUGGAUACCAAACAUCGAAACCAUUACCGAGUCUACAAUCUAUGCAGUGAAAGAGCUUAUAAUCCUGAACAUUUUCAUAACAGAGUCCAAAGAAUCAUGAUUGAUGAUCAUAAUGUCCCUACUCUCAGCGAGAUGGUGGUAUUCUCCAAAGAAGUAAAUAUGUGGCUGGCUCAAGACAAGAAGAACGUAGUAGUGAUUCACUGCAAAGGCGGCAAAGGAAGAACUGGGACAAUGGUCUGUGCUUGCCUCAUUGGUAAUCAGAUCUUUGGUACUGCAAAGGAAAGUCUUGCUUAUUUUGCAAGUCGACGUACUGAUCACACCAUCAGUAGUAAAUUCCAAGGAAUUGAAACUCCCUCCCAAAGUAGAUAUGUUGGAUAUUUUGAGAAUGUGAAAAAUCUCUGCAACUGGACUCUCCCGCCAAAAAAAAUCCUCACGCCAUACAAAAUUAUCAUUUAUUCAAUUCAUAAUGUUGGAAAAGGCGAUGGAAGUGACCUAAAAAUUCAAAUAACUACAAAACAACAGACAGUCUUUUCAUGUUCAUCUUCUAAAAACUGCAAGAUAUUUCACGAUGUCGAAACUGACAAAGUCAUUAUUGAAUUGUUGAACUGUCCAAUCCUAUAUGACGACGUUAAAGUCAGAUUUCUCUCUCGGGUAAGUAAUCAAGAAAUUACUUCUGCUGUUGUACUUGUUUGCUCUUUUGAUUGAUUUUGAU